UUUAACUUCUUAUAUCUUAAUAACUUAUUUUUUUAUUUAUUUAGUCCGUCUUGAAAACCAAACAGGAAUCAAAAUGCUUACUACUCGCUCUCCGCUUUCCGUCAAGAAUGAGAACAAACUCAGCAGCGAGAUCAGGAACAUGUCGCUGGACAAAGAAAACACGCCUCCCAGCCUGAACAACACGCGGAUCUUGGCGUCAAAAACCGCGCGAAAAAUCUUCGACGAUGCUGCGCCCAAAGCCGAGAAGAGCAGCAGCGUGGAAGAAGAGCCACUGCUGAAGGAAAACCCACGUCGCUUCGUCAUCUUCCCCAUCCAGUACCACGACAUCUGGCAGAUGUACAAGAAGGCCGAGGCGUCUUUCUGGACCGCAGAGGAGGUGGAUCUGUCCAAGGACCUGCAGCACUGGGAGUCUCUGAAGGACGAGGAGAGGUACUUCAUCUCUCACGUGUUGGCUUUCUUCGCCGCCAGCGAUGGCAUCGUCAACGAGAACCUGGUGGAGCGAUUCACACAGGAAGUGCAGGUAACGGAGGCCAGGUGUUUCUAUGGUUUCCAGAUCGCCAUGGAGAACAUCCACUCAGAGAUGUACAGCCUCCUCAUCGACACGUACAUCAAGGACGCCAAAGAGAGAGAUUACCUCUUCAACGCUGUGGAGACGCUGCCGUGUGUGAAGAAGAAGGCUGACUGGGCCAUCAACUGGAUCGGCAACAAGAACGCAAACUACGGAGAGCGUGUGGUGGCCUUCGCUGCUGUGGAGGGAAUCUUCUUCUCCGGUUCCUUCGCUGCCAUCUUCUGGCUGAAGAAGCGAGGCCUGAUGCCCGGCCUGACCUUCUCCAACGAGCUCAUCAGCAGAGAUGAGGGUCUGCACUGUGACUUCGCCUGUCUGAUGUUCAAACAUCUGCUGAACAAACCGUCUGAGGAGACCGUGACCAGCAUCAUCAAGAACGCUGUGGCGAUCGAACAGGAGUUCCUGACCGAGGCUCUGCCCGUGAAACUGAUCGGGAUGAACUGCGAGCUGAUGAAGCAGUACAUCGAGUUCGUAGCCGACAGACUGAUGCUGGAGCUCGGCUUCUCAAAGAUCUACCGAGUGGAGAACCCCUUCGACUUCAUGGAGAACAUUUCUCUGGAGGGAAAGACAAACUUCUUUGAGAAGCGAGUGGGCGAGUACCAGAGGAUGGGCGUGAUGUCCGGCACCACAGACAACACCUUCAGGCUGGACGCUGACUUUUAGAGCUCAGAGGCAGACGGACCCACACUCAGACUCACACACACAAACUGUACGCUUUAAUAUCGCAUCGGUCCAGCAUGCCGAGUCAAUUCUCAUUAACACUCCUCCAUGUGGACCCCGUGAUGGACUCUACCUCUCACCCACAUUUAAACAUUUCACAGCUGCUGAACUGUGAUGAAAUCAGACAGGUCAGAGCGCUGCAGCUGGGGUUUUUUGUAAAUAAAGUUUCUUUUAGCCGCAUUUUGUUUUUGUAAUUGAGAUUUAUGAUAGUUUUUAUAUUGAAUGUGGUGUUUUAGAGUACUUUAUUAAACUGUACAGAUUUCUUUGGUGUUUUUUGUAAAUAAAGAUAUUUGA